AUGGAGCCUCCCUCCAAGUCUCGGCGUGCUGACAUGCCGGAACACCAUAUCGUCCACGCCGAUGAGAUCGACCAGCUGGGUAGUGAUAUUUCUACAGUCCCCGAUGAUCAACUCAUGCUGGAGCUGGUAGAAGGUUUCAAGGCUGAACAGGCUCGCAAACCUGAUCUCAACGACUUUCCUGGCUUUCCCCAACGUCAUGGUCGAGAACCAGUGCGCCCCGAAUUGCGGAGGGAUACAGCCGCGGCUGCUCCACCACCGCCGAUGAAGCCGCCACCACCGGCACCUGUGCUGCAGAAUACAGGCUCCCAAACAGAUUCGUUAAGCCUGUCCCAGCUGCGGAAACUAGUGCACGAGAUGCCUCGGCCAGAACAGCCUUCUUACGCAUUUGAAUACGCCGACUGUCAGCCAUUCCCAAAGGAAGUGGAUGAAUGGUUUCAGUACAAUGAACCGGAUCGUCUUAUGCUGUUGGGGUCCAAGGCCUUUUUUGAGCAGAAGUGGUCGGAUUUUUGUCAGAACCUGGCGUGUCCCCCAGCUGUGUCGGAUAUCUCGUGGAUCGAUGUUGACGAAGAGAUCCGAGAGAAGUUCGUGUCGUGCAUGAUUGAGUCUCUCGAAAAUCCGGAUUUUUUCACUCGUAUUGAAGCCCUUGAGGUCGUCUGCUACAUUCUUACAGGAACAUGGGCCGUUACCGCAGGGAAAGUUUCGGAAGAUGUUCCGGGCGGAUUUUCAAAAUUUGAAUCCUCGGAUGAGUGUCCAAAUUCAAGGUCGAUGCAGAUUAGAUGGAUGGUAAACAAUGUUUUACUUGUACAACGAUGUGGCGGAAUCGCCGUAUUGUUUUGGGCUAUGAACCGCAUUUUUGAGAAGGACCCGCCGGUAACAAACACGGAUGCGAAAUUUUUCGAGACGGAGAACGGAACGGCAGCGUAUUAUGCUGCUCGUGAGAAAGAAGCAAAUCUCAUCUUGACUUCUAUGUACUUAAUUGUAGAGGUAGCUCGCAAACAGGAAGAGUCGAGUCCAAAUCAAGCGGACUUGAAGAAGGAUAUUGCCGCCUUAAAACCGAAUAUUCUCGUUUUCCUUGUCGAAAUUAUUUCUCGAUUGCGAUGGGAGGAUGCAGCGACGAUUCCAUUGAGCAGAGUUAUUCUCCUGCUAUGGAAAUGCCUGUUGCUCUUAUUUGGAGGAUCCGACAGCUUAGCUAGGGUAAAAGCUGGCCUGGAACCUGAAUACGGUACCUUGGAAGCAGCAUCUAAAUCGUCCAAGCUACCAGUUCUUACUGCUUCACCACUUGAUUAUCACAUUUUUCGACAGGAAAUUACCUCCAAAUACCCUGCGUACAACCCCCCUCCUCCGUUAGUACCGUUUGAGUUGGAAAACAAUUCUAUCCUUCCGCCAUUACCAAGCUAUUCGUGCAGAUAUAACUCUGAAUCAACCCUAUUUUCUGGCAUUGGACCAGCCUCCCUAAGUGGAAACGGAUCUAUUCUUCACCAAUCAGUUCACAUCGCCACUCCUGCUCCAUCACCUCCUCCGUCUCCCAUGGGCCCAGGUGGGAAAGGCGGUAAAAAACAAAAUUAUCAAACAAACCAACAUUUUCCUUUCAUGUAUCCACCCCUUGACCAAACCAGUAAUGAUAUUGGCGGAAAGGGAAGCAGUGAAGUUCAGGAUAGGGUGGUGGGUAAAAAAUGGGAAGGCAGUGAUGUGCCUGCAUCUAUAAUCGAGGCCGGCCACCUGUUCUCUAGUCGAAUGAAGAUGACAAGAGCAAUGCGCCAACUCUGGGAGGAGCGAGAGAAAUUCCUGAAGUAUGAUAGGGGCUGGGAUGCCACAGAUUUAGACAAUAAACCGCCAUCUGACUGGUCGAACGAUGUUGACUCAAACUCGGGACAACCGAAGCCAGAAAAGGAGAAGCCUGACAUGAGUUUCCAACAUGUAAAGGAAUCCGACGACCCGUAUAUCCAAGAUCGGUUAGAUGCUGUCGAAGACUUCUACAGCCAAGCCUUUCCAAAUCUACAAUCGAUUGUUAUUGUCCUUUUAAAAGAAAUUUUAGUAAACAUCACGGAAGCUGCCGCGUUGCAGUCGAAGAUGAACGGACAGAAUGGCUAUAAACAAGGCGCCUCCAAUCCCACCUUGUUCGACGAUACGGCUGCGCCAUAUUCAGCCUCUCAAGAUAUAGAGGGGGGGGAUGGCCCUCAUGAUAGCGAAGAACUUGAUGCCAUCAGGCACCGAGAAAUAACUUCUAGCGCUAUUUCAGGGUGUUUAUUAUUAAUACUGAAGUGGUUCAAACGAUCCCACAUCUUAAAAUUCGAAUACAUGACGCAGUUGCUACUCGAUUCUAACUACCUCCCUCUUAUAUUAAAAAUGUUCAUCCACCAGGAGAUCGAUAGAGCAGUUGCACAACGAAAUGAUCGAGAUGAUCUGAGUUUUUUCCAUUUCUGCCAUAUCCAUUCUAACCAACCCCCGGAACUUGCAACCUCAUCUGAACCAGAAGAGCCUGACAGUGAGGACGAUGCUGCCCCACCCCCGAUCCCUCGAAAGGCCCGGCCGCAACAACCUGCACCAGAUAACUCUGUCCGCUCAGUAUCACCACAAAAGCUACCACCUCAUCCUCGCGAAUGUUCGGCACCCCUUCCUGAAGUCGAUGAGUUGGGUUAUCCAAGUGCUCCCGCUCCCGCUGGGCCAAUAACCACCUUCUCCUUCCGAAACUUCUUCUCCUCCAUCAACUUCCUGCACAUCAUGCAAAAAAUAACCCGAGGAAAAGCGCAUCGAUGCCUGCUACUUGUCCAAUACAAAUCUAGCAACAUAUUGCGUAAGGGGAUCAAGGUCCCCGAUCCACGUCUUCGCCUUUAUACACUCAAGCUAGUGAAGUCGCAAGUCCCGUAUUGCGGUCGAAAGUGGCGUCAGAACCACAUGCGCGUCAUCACGGCAAUUUACCUGUAUUGUCGCCCGGAACUGCGCGAUGACUGGCUGGCUGGGAGUGACGUGGAUGCUGAAGUUGAAGAGGCAUUGCCCAUGGAACAGACAUUGCGUGGACUCACGCACUGGUGGCACCUGCGCAAGUAUAAAGAUACGAUGGCGUUUGAGGAUGCGAACACACUGAUGGACGAGGAACGGGAUUUCUUCGUGCGGGAGCUGGAGAGUAUGGGGUGGGGGGUUAACGGAGAUGAACUGGCCAACACAGCCAGCGAGGAGGGUGAGCCACUUUCAGGGGUUAAUGGGGUGGAAUGGUCAGAGCCUGGAGUGGCACAAUCGGAUAAUUGGUGA